AUGGCCACCCCGACGGCACAGGUCAGCUUUGUCCACAGCAACAGCCCUCCCAGAAGGAGCGCUUUGCCCUCGCCUACGCCGACCUCCCCUCAAUCUAAAAACUUGACGACGCCACCGGAAACACCUCACAUCGCUUCUACCGGGGUCCCUAGCCCGCCGCCUCAAAGUAACGGCUUGCCGUCACUGCCACCUAGAAUAACACCACCGCUUCAGGUGUCACCGCCUCCAAGGGUGUCACCGCCUCCAAGGGUGUCACCUCCUCCACGGCUGUCACCUCCUCCACGGGUGACACCACCUCCACGGCUAACUCCUCCAUCCCGGGUCACAACACCUCCUUCCGUAUCAGCACCUCGGGCGACACCACCUCCCAGGGUGACACCGCCGCCUCAAGUAACACCGCCGUCAACAAUGAACUUGCAAUCACCUCCUCCGUUGCCAGCGACUCCAACGGCUUUUCCAAGCAGCCUAUCUCCAUCGACGACAACACCCGCGAGAAGGGAAGGCUGGCCUCGCAGUGCCAUACCCACAAUGCCCGGAAGCACAGUGCUCAAGAGGGGCUCAAGAGUGUCUCCAUCGGAGAAACCCUUCAUGAGGGCCACCUCAGCCUGGACUGCGAGGUCGGGACCGUUGCCUGCUGUCAAUGGGAACGCGCAGUCGCCGCCGUUCGGGUCAUCCCAACCGCUGAUCACGUCCCCGUCUCCUCUCUUUGGAACACACUCUGCGAACGUUGCUCUGCAGCGUCGAAUACCUUUACAGCCACUUCGCGACCGAUCGGUGGGACAGCGCCCGACCAGAACGAAGACGCCGUUGGAGAACCAACUAACAGCAGGUUCGCGGUGGCGAAGUUCAAGGACGGGCAUGAGCCCACUGUGA